AUGCUUUCUAGUUCACCUAGAUGGACAAGUAAAAAUAUGGAAAACUCCGAUGUUGGAGAUGAAAGAAUAUUUAGUAUUAGAACAGAGAAUAAUAAGUAAUCAUUGCUUAAGAGAAAAUAUUUGUUUACUGUCUAAUAAAUAGAUAAUGAUGAGUAAUUUGAGGAUAUUAAUUAACUCUUUGAUGAUAGACAAUUAAAAAUAAUAAAUGAUUUAUCAUUUGUUCAGACUGCGAAACUGAAAGAAAAAGAGAAACGAGUAUAACCAUCUAGAAAAAUGAGUGCUUUGAUUUAAAAAAAGGAAUAAGAAGAAAAAUAACCAAGUUGUUCUUAUAUAAAAGUAUUAACUCAAGAAGAUAGAUUAAGAUUAAUUUGGGAUCUUUUCACAAUGUUUGUGAUAUUUUUUGCUAUUUUAAUAUUGCCAGUAGAUAUUUCUUUUAAUAUUGAAUCAGAAUUCUUAUAAGACUUUAAUCUUUUUAGUUUAGCAGUAUUUACAUUAGAUAUAUUAAUAAAUUUCAAUACAGCCUNCUAAUGAUGAAGAAGACAAAUUAAAAAAAUAAUAAAAAUAAAGUAUUAUCUUAAGAUCUAUGUUUAAUGAUAAAGAUACCUCUUAAGUAGAUAGAAAAUAAAUAAUCUCUUAUUAAUUGAUGAAGUCACACUCAAAAACUUAAUCUAAAUUAGAUUAAUUUCGAGUUGAAACUGAAGUGAGUGCAUUUAGUAUAUCAAAGACAGAUUGCAGUAUUGGAAACUUGGAUAGAAGAAAGUAAUACAAUUUAUUUUAUCAUUAGAAAUUCAUCGCUUUCGCCAUCCAAAAAAAUAGUUGUUUCGACAAAACACAAUUUAUUUCGAUCACGACCAAACAAAUUUUUUUUAUUCUGUCAAAACUAUUUAAAUAGAUAAAAAUAGCCAAGUGAUUGA